AUGGAAGCGGAAGUGAAAGAUUUUAAUGAAGAAAAAACUGAUGUCAGCAGCAAGAUUGUGUCCUUGUUAGAGAAAAUUGAUGAACUCGAAUCGGCCGGUGCUCGGUCGGUAUCAGUCGAGCUUGCUACAUUGAUGGGAGAAGAUACAACGCUGGUUGAUCAUCUUGGUCGUCAACGUAUCUUGCAACUCUGUGAUGAAGUGCAGGAAACCUGUCGGAAACUAUCUGCUGCUGAUGCGCGCAGGAGGUUAGAGCUGGAAUUGAGAGAUGCUGUCAUGGGCAGGUCGCGUUGGCUGUUACCGUCCGAAACUUCACAUGAAGAACCGGUUGACGAGGAUGCAGAUUCUGGACGUGCUGCGAAGCAUUUGUUGGUAGCUCGCGGGAAGAAGCCGCUGAGUUUGUUUGACUGGAAGAUUUGGACGAUGGCCAAGCCGAAGCUUUGGAGAUAUGGUGACGCUGGCAAUUUAUUUGAUCGUGAGGAAGCACUGUCCACCCGAGAAUGGGCGGCGUGUCUUUUGCUUCGAGAGGAGUUGCAGUAUGCUGUUGACGGCGAUGAUGUUGCUCCUGCAAUGAGUAACCGUUUCAGUGGUGAUUGGAUUGCGUUGCACAUGAUGUCCACUGUUUGUCGCUUGACAGAUCAGCGCAAUGCUUCAUACCAAUUUUUGCGGAAUGGUGGCAUGGCCUUUGCCAAGACUUUGAGUGCUCUGAAAGCAGAUGAUUUGUCAUCUGCGGCACGGGUGGUAGAUCCUUCCUCUGGUGAUUCUAUGCAGCAAUUGUUGCAAAACACUAGUGUGCCAAAAACUGUCAAGGAUGCUCUGCAAGCGAUGCAAAGCGCAUCGGCUACGGUCUUGGGUACCGAUGGUCAUCGCAGGCAGUGCCGGCACGAAGGAGUCGCCUACAUGGAGACUUUUGGGCCGCCGCUCAUUUUUUUGACGCCCAAUCUGGCGGACACGCAGCAUCCAUUGCUGCUGGUUGUACAAGGCGAAGAGGUGGAUCUUGGGUCCGUGGAUCAGGAAAUGGACCCCUCUUUGCCGAAGUACAGAGACAUGCUGCGAAAGAUUGCGCAAGAUCCUGUAGCACAAACGGUACAGUUUGAGUUCUUGAUGCGAUUAUUUUUCCAACAUGUUUUGAAUGUGCGACCAGAAACGUUGGAUUGUCGCAGAGGUGGGGUCCGCACGGUCUCGCGGGAAUGGUGCAGUGAUGGCGCCGCUGCAUCUUCUACCGGCGCUGGAAUGCUGGGACCGGUGCUUGCCUUCAGAGGUGAAAUCGAAGCUCAAGGCCGCGGCUCAUUGCAUCCACAUAUUUUGGUUUGGCUUGUAUGCGGCCAUUUGGAGGUGGUAGGCCAACUUGCCAGCAUGUUGAAGAAUAACAAGGCCGAAUUGCAGCAUCGCUUACGUCACUUCAUGAAAAUGGUUGUGGCCAGCUUCGAAUCGUUGUCCCAUGCGUCUGUUCAAGCAGCGCCUCGAAUCUUUGAUGGCGCCAGCCUUUCGAUGCCGGUUUCUGUCACGAAGGUUGCUCGCAACUUGUCCAAGUAUGAUGGCGGCAGUGACUUGGACUUGUUGCGAGAGAUGCUGGAGAGGACUCCGGAGCAAGACGCUUUUUUGGAAGCUGCUCAGGACGACGACUGGCGCCGACCGUUGCUGCAGGUAGAGGAGGCCCCCAAUCCAACCAAGAACAUUUUCACACAGCCUAUCAAUGGCUUGCCAGUGGCACAGACGCCUGCAUAUCGUUUGCGCAGUGUGCUGGUCGAAGGUGCUUCUCCAGAAGAAGAAGCGCGAGCAUGGCAGACGGCAUUUGCGCAGGAUCUGCACAACCUUCUACCAGCCUUGCUGAGACACGUUUGCAGUGAUUCGUGCUUCAAGUAUUCGGACAAGAGCUCUACCCAAUUUCGUAUUUGUCGGCACGGUUUUUACCAUGUGGUGCAUGUUACAGAAGGUUGCAGAGUCAGACGGAAAGGCAAGGCCCUACGUCCUUGCGUUCAUGUCGGUAGUGAAUUGGAGGUUGAAUAUGGAAUGGCUGGACGUCUACGCCCAAUUCAGCUGAGUCCAUUCGAAUGUCAGACUUCUUUUGGUGGUCUUGUGGCUGGCCGACACAAUCUGGAUCUUCAAGACAUGAGAAGAGUCUUGGACAUGAAGCUGUGGACAGAGCAGGGCGACAUUUUGCCGCACGUCGGCUUCACGCAGCAAUUGGGUUACAUGGCCAAAUAUGAGUGGGCUGCUGGACAGUAUGAAGAACGAGGUGGAUCUCCCACUGAGCCAGUAUCAUGGUUGUGGACUCGUUCGCUGGCCAAAGAUUUUCGCAAAGCUUGGCUGGCAGCUCAUGAGAAAGCAGUCACUGGGGGAACGGACAAAACACAAACAGAAGAUGAUGUUGCCGAGCGCGACUUUGUUCGCGCGAUUCGCUGCGGUGUGAGUGACGCUUUUUCGGAUGGAAUCAAUAGGGGGUUCUACAUCAACAGCUACACGACGAAGCCUGGUCCUGGCUUGGCUGGAAUGUUAGAGGAGUUGCGCAAAGGCAUUGAGCGCUUGGAAAUGGAGCGGGAGGAGCGCAACGAGGAGAGGAGCCGUGCAGAACAAGCUGCACAAGAUGCAGGUGAACACAUUCCCGGACGUCGUGGAGUUAUGUUUUCUGAGACGAUGAAGACGUUGACCCGCCUGUCGUCUUCCUACAGUGUGGACGAUGUGGUUUUGGCCGGCUGGCGGAAAGUUGCCCGCAUUGAUGAUGAAACCGGCGAGACGUCGUAUGUCUACAUUGGACCGGGUGGGCAAGCUUGCACGAAUUUAGCUGACGCGUUCUUGGAGUUUGAAGCGCAGGCAGCACAGAAGCGCAAUUCGCGACAGAGGUUGUCGAUUGCAGAGGAGCUUUUGAAGAUGCAUAGUGUCACCGAAAAUGUGGAUCGCAGUGGCGACGGUGAGGGUGCUGCCACGAAUUUGCGAGCAUUGCAAGCAACUGGUGAGGAUGUCGCAGUGACUGCAGGUGUUAGUACCGUCACUCAGCCUCAGUACCUUUCUGUUACUACUAACAGUUUGGAGGAUUAUUUGUAUCGCGGUGACUCAGAACUGCUGGCAGGAAUGAGUUGGGCGACCUAUGGCACGUGGGUCUAUCGCAUCGAGUUGCCUGCUCGUCCGGAGAAGUCGGUCAGAGGCGUCCUGGCACGGUACGUUGAUGUUUAUUUUGAUCCGGCUUACAAGCUCUACAAUUCUCAUGCUCAGCGGAUCUGCUCAGAACCUCGUGUACCAAUGUUUGAAGGGUUUACUAUGCCACCUCUGACUGUGGACAGCGAGCGGAAUGCCAUGUACAAGCAGAUACAAUGCCGGCCAACUCGCAUUCUGCCUGUCGCCGGCGAAGAACUGAGCCAGGAGGAGUUGGUGUUGAAAGGCUCAGCAGGCAUGGACAAUUCCGUUGCAGCUACGACUGCUUUCACACGAGCUUAUCUGGAAUGGGAAGAAGACAUGACGAAGGAAGCAGCCACGGCUCGUUAUCGUUUUGCAGCUCGAUUUGAAUAUCCUUCUCUGUGGGAAACAAAAGAAAUGGUUGAGGCUCUUCGAUGGAAACUGGAAAUGGUCAUGGGCGAAGAGUUGCCGCAGCCGAUAUUAGAUCCGGAUCGAGAGAAGCCUCGAGCAACUGUUGAGCAAUAUUCUUCCAUGUUGGCAGAGAGUCGAGUUGCGCAUUUGGAAGGUUUGGCUCGGGCCCGGCAACAACGUCACAAGAGAAGUCGGGAUGUUGAUGCUGAGUUGUUGGAGGAGUUCGUGAAAGUGACCACUGCGGGCGAAAAAGAUGACGAAGAUGCUGGGGACAAUCCUGAGCAUGAUGAACUGCCUCCAGAAAAAACACUUCGGCCUGAUGAAGUCUUUCAGAAGAUAUCUUUUCGACCGAAUAUGGAAGAACAGAAGAAACUGCUACUGUUUCAAUUUCAAGCUCGACACAAUCAAUAUGUGAAAGAUUUCCUUGCACAAAGCUGGAUGAAGGAAGAUCCUUUCGCCGACGCAUGCAAACUUCAGAAUUCAACACGUCACUCGCUGCAUGAUGUUUUUGCUGAGCUCCAAAGUUGGAAUGCAGACACACGUGCGGACAUUUUGGGAUCGUGUCGAUAUGGUUUGGUGCAAGACGACGAAGACAAAGAGCAGCCUUCCAGUGAAGAAAUUGCGCAUGCAUCUCUCAAGAAAGCUUUGCCACGGUUACCUGCCCAGUGUGUUCGCUUCAGUGCUCAGAAUGUCUACGAGAAACCUUCCGAUCUUGUGAAAGAUCUAGUUGCUGCAUUGCCGCCGAAGCAACGACUGAACGAAGAUCAGGACUGUUUCAUUCAAAGAUUUGCGGAGGUGUUGGACACGGUGUACGCACAAGAAAGCACAACUGCCCCAGAGAAGCGGCAUGUUUAUCACAUGCUGUUGCUCGGCCAAGGGGGCUCAGGCAAGACGCACAUUGUGCAGAACAUUGUAUUCCCUGUGGUGCACUUCAUGUGGCCUUCGGAGGGAGAACAGUCUACCUUGAUGGUUGUUGCUGCCAAAAAUGCGCAGGCCAAGAACAUUUCCACUGACACUGUCCGCGCCAAGACCUUACACGGUUUGCAGAAGCUGUGGAGCUCUGUGCGUGUCUUAGUUGUGGAAGAAAUCAGCAUGGUCUCGGCUCUUCUUUACAACAUGCUAGACUUUCGCGCCAUGCUUGGUCGCCGCUUGGUGUUUGGAGUGGAUCCAAACACGUAUGCCAAGACAGGCUGUGCCUUCGGACGUGUGCCGAUUGUUUUGCACUUGGGCGACUUCUUUCAAUUGCGACCGACUGCGCAGCUCUCUUUGUUGGAUGAUUUGAUGGCGCAGGAUGAGCAUGGCAACUGGAAACACGCUGAUGUGCCUGCAGAAGUACAGCAUGCCCAGAAAGUGUUUGCGGAGAUUCCAGACGUUUUUGAGCUGCGCGGCACCAUGCGGUUCAAGCCAGGAGAUCCUCUGAUUGACUUAUUGCAAUGCAUGCGCCAGGGACAUCGUCUGCCGGACGCAAUUUGGAAUGCUUUUCAACAGCGGUGUGCUCGCAACACUACAUCCGGGAAUCCAGAUGAACGAUUCAACUUGCCGCGUUUUCGGCGAGGCUACUGCAUGUCGAUCUACUGGGCGUCGCUGGUGCGGAUGAUGUACCGUCGAGCUUUGCUGGAUGCAGCGCAGGCGGAUCAGCCGUUGGUAUUGCUGCAAGCUGCUGAUAAUGCAUCGGGUUUGGAAAGGAACGUUGCUUUUCGUUUUUUGAACCGGCCGAACCCGUAUCAAACGGGGCAUAUGCAUGGACUAUUCCCUUGUCAUGUUGGCAUGCGGAUCCGACUGGUGGCAAAGCUCGAUGCAGAUAAGGGCAUGGUGCAGGACACAUUGGCCACGAUCAUGGACUUUGAAUUUCACUCCAACGAUCGGGCUCGGUAUGGUCAAUGCAAAGGCGGCGAGUUGUUUUCUCCGGAGUAUCUCCCAUCGGGUCUCUGGGUGGCUGUUGAUGGAUAUCAAGGAUGCUGUGGCUAUGAAGAUUUACUUACCCGUUGCACAGCGCAUAUCGAGAACUUUCAAGAGGCAGAAAGAUUAGCGAAAAGUUUUUGGUUUCUUCCGGCAGAAGAAGUGGUGAUUCAACUGAAUAGUUCGCAGAAGUAUGAUGUGCGCCGCUGUGGCUUCCGAAUCACGCAUGCCAAUUUUUUCACGAGCACUGGCUCGCAAGGUCUGACUCUUCCUGAAGGCACCAUCAUUGACUGUGCGCGUUUACCUGAAAUGGAUGAUGAGAACUGGUGGCUGCAUUUAUAUAUCAUGGUCUCCCGUGUGACGACGAUGGAUGACAUGCUACUACUUCGGGCACCGCCCAGAGAGAUCUUGGAACUCGGGCCUCCAGCCGCAAUUCGAACAAAAGUGGCUCAGUUUCAAGAACGAGCUAACAUUUGUCGUGCAGGGGUUGCCGCACGUUCUGGCCACGGAGCUUGA